AUGGGAAAACGCAACAGGGCCGCAUUGUUGCCCACAAACAUCCCUCAGCUCCAGAACCUCAUCAAACGUGACCCCCUCUCGUACAAGGAAGAGUUCCUCCAGCAGCUCCGUCACUUUGAGUCCUCCAGGGCCAUCUUUGAGCUCAAGCCUGAGGAGCAAUCCUCCGACUUUCAGGACCUCAUCAACUUCAUCGCCCAGGUCUCGCCAUGCUACCCUGAGGAGACAAAGGAGUUCCCCGACCAGAUCAUCAGCCUCCUGUCAAAGCACUACCAGAUCCUCGAUGCCGAGCUCCGUCGCACCAUGGUCCAGGCUCUGGUCCUCUUGCGCAACCGUGAGAUGAUCUCCUCGACCGCCCUCCUCUCCCUCUUCUUCACCCUCUUCCGCUGCCGUGACAAGAUUCUUCGGGAUAUCCUCUACAACCACAUUGUCAACGACAUCAAGACCAGCAACCAAAAGGCAAAGAACAACAAGAUGAACAAGACCCUCCAGGGAUUCAUGUACACCAUGCUGACCUCUGCCGAGGGUGCUGCAGGAACUGGAAGUGAGAACGCCAUUGCUGCCAAGCGCAGUUUGGAUGUCUGCAUUGAGCUCUACCGCAAGAACAUUUGGAACGAUGCAAAGACUGUCAACGUUAUUGCUCACGCUUGUUUCUCGCCUGUGACCAAGAUCAUGGUCACCGCUUUGCAGUUCUUCUUGGGCAACAACGAGGAUGAAGGCGAUUCGGAGGACGAGGAGGAGCUGCCCUCCAUCAAGGCUAUGCAGCACAGGCAGAACGUCAGCAAGAAGACAAAGUCCAAGGCUAAGCAGAUGGACAAGUUGGUCGCCGCCUUGAAGAAGAAGUCCAAGGCCAAGAAAAGAGCCGAGACCUUCAACUUCUCCGCUCUUCACCUGUUGAACGAUCCCCAGGGAUUCACGGAAAAGCUGUACACUCACUUGGCUUCCUCUCGCGAGCGCCACGAGGUCCAGCUCAUGUUGAUGAACUUGAUCUCCCGUAUCAUUGGUAUUCACAAGUUGACCAUCCUCGCCUUCUACCCUUACCUCCAGAAGCGCCUUCAGCCCACUCAGAAGGACGUUACCCAGAUCAUUGCCAUUGCCGCCCAGGGUUCCCACGAUCUCAUUCCCCCAGAUGUCAUCGAGCCCGUUAUUCAGACCUUGGCCAACAACUUUGUCACCGAGCACUGCGCUGCCGAGGUCAUGGCUGCUGGUUUGAACGGUAUCCGUGAGAUCUCGUCUCGUUGCCCCCUUGCCAUGGAGGCCACCAUGCUUCAGGAUUUGACAGAGUACAAGAACCACAGGGACAAGGGAGUCAUGAUGGCCUCGAGAUCGCUGAUCGGUCUUUACAGAGAGAUCAACCCCGAAUUGUUGAAGAAGAAGGACCGUGGCCGCAAUGCUGCCAUGAACAUGCGCGAUUACAAGCCAUCGCAGUAUGGUGAGAACAAUCACGACGGCGACAUGGAGGGUCUUCAGCUUUUGGCCGAGAACCCUGAGGAGGAGGGUGCUGGUGAGGGCGAAUGGGAUGAGUGGGAGGAGGCCUCGGAGGAUGAGGAAGAGGAUGCUAACGGUGGCUGGAUUAAUGUCUCGGAUGACGAGAACGAUUUGAACAUCAAGCUUUCGGACGACGAGGAUUCGGGCUCUGAGGACGAGGACGGAAACAAGAAGCCCAAGGUCAAGCGUUUGACGGUCAACAAGGAACGCCGUCUGAAGAAGAAGGGUCUUUUGCCCAAGGACGAUGAAAGCGAGGCUGUCAAGGAGGAGAACGAGGAGAUGAAGGCCAAGCGUCUCCAGGCCCUGGCCGAGCGCAAGGAAAAGAUGGCGGCUGCUCAAUUGUUGGCCACGACCAAGAUCUUGACGCCCGCAGAUUUCGCCAAGAUCGAAGCCCUCAAGUUGGCCAGGCAGGCAGACCAAAAGUUGAACCCUGUUCGGUCAGGAUCGGGCAAGCGCCCCAACCCUUCGGAUGCGGACGAACGUGCCGAGGGCGAGGUGUCGAUUGGAUCGAUUAUCGGACCACGCAAGAAGGCCAAGCAGGACUAUGCCGCGCGUAUGGAGUCGAUCAAGACCGGACGCGAGGGCCGCGAGAAGUUUGGAUCGCGCAAGGGAUCGACCGAGCGUGGAUCGUCGACCAACAAGGAGAAGUCCAAGGGCAAGAACUUUAUGAUGAUUGCCCACAAGCGCGAGGUCCGCGAGAAGAAGAAGAUGAGUUUGAGAGAGAAGCAGGUCCAACUCCAUGCGCACAUCAAGAAGCAAAAGAUGAUGAAGCACUAG